UGAAAGGAUUCGUAGACUAGGGUCCAGGGCACACUAGAAACAAGCCACAGUCACCCGGAGCGUUUCUUAGAGCCACAUGACACUUAGGACAAGAAUUGACUCUGGUUUCCUUUGACAGAGGAAGGAAGCUAAGAUAGUGGCUUUUCGUCACAGAUGUUGUUUUGUAUUUGCAGUGGCAGAUUGUGCUGGAACUAGUACUUGAACUCUGGCAAACCUUGUUUUUGAAUGCUGACUCAGACCUGCUGACGAAUGGCAAUUCACAUCCUUUGCGAAUUACAGUUACCCUCUGCCCUGUUUUUGGCCAAAGACCUUUAUACUAAGAUUGAAUGGAGCAACUUUAGUCUGCAAAAUUUUGUCAAGAAACCGAAGGACCAGUUCUGUAAAAGUGAAAAGCUGAAAGAAGUCUCCUGGAGAAGACAGGCCAUCAGCACCAUGAUGGACUCAGAAGCACAUGACAAGAGGCCCCCAGUGCUGACCUCUUCAAACCAGGACCUGUCACCUCACAUUGCGGACGUGGGUGACAUAAAGCAUUAUUUCUGUGGCUGCUGUGCAGCUUUCAACAACGUGGCGAUCACAUACCCUGUUCAGAAGAUCCUCUUUCGGCAGCAGCUGUACGGCAUCAAAACCCGGGAUGCAAUACUCCAGUUGAGGACGGACGGGUUCCGAAACCUGUAUCGUGGAAUCCUCCCCCCACUGAUGCAGAAGACAACCACGCUGGCGCUGAUGUUUGGUCUGUAUGAGGACCUGUCACGCCUGCUCCGCAAGCAUGUGAGCAGUGCUCCCGAGUUUGCCACCAACAGCGUGGCAGCGCUGCUCGCUGGGACAACAGAAGCCAUUCUCACUCCAUUAGAAAGGGUUCAGACUUUGCUUCAGGACCACAAGCAUCAUGAUAAGUUCACAAACACUUAUCAGGCCUUCCGGGCCCUCAGGUGCCAUGGAAUCGCAGAGUAUUACCGAGGCUUGGUGCCUAUCCUUUUCCGAAAUGGAUUCAGCAAUGUCCUUUUUUUCGGCCUCCGAGGGCCCAUUAAGGAGCACCUGCCCACUGCCACUACUCACAGUGCACAUCUGGUCAACGACUUCAUCUGUGGGGGUGUGCUCGGUGCCAUGCUGGGCUUUCUAAGCUUCCCAAUUAAUGUUGUAAAAGCCCGAAUACAGUCUCAGAUCGGUGGGCCAUUCCAGUCUUUCCCCAUGGUUUUCAAGACAAUCUGGCUGGAACGGGACAGGAAACUGAUCAAUCUUUUCAGAGGCGCUCAUCUGAACUACCAUCGCUCUCUCAUCUCCUGGGGAAUAAUUAAUGCAACUUACGAGUUUUUGUUAAAGAUUGUAUGAUAAGGUCAUGACAUAAAAUGUUAUUCUCAACUACCUAGAUCCAAGGAGAAUGAAAUUUGGCUUUGUUCCUAAUUGGCUUAAAUACAAGUUGGGGCCAGUAAGUCCAGGCCAUAAUUUAUGAACAAUGCAUUGACAAAAAACAGAAUAAAAGGUUUCACUGGGCAGAUGUCAGGGCUUUGGUUUGGUCAUUACUCAAGAGUGUUAGGCUGUUGCCUGGUAACUUGCCUGUAUCUGAUGACCUUUCCAGGGCAGCUGUCAGCCAAGACAGAUUAUUUUGACCCCCAGAAGGGGUUGCUGCACCUUCUGUAUGGUGGUGCAGCCCAAGUGUGCUCCCAGCCCAGGCUCCUCAGCUCACUUCCUUGCCUCAUUUAUUGCUCCUCUCUUAGGAGGGUCGUCUUCAUUAAGACCAAGUGGAUGUGCCUCGAAGACGGAGGUCAGAGUUGUAGCUGUAGUUCCAUGGUGGUUGGGGUUAGCUUUGAAACUAAGUGCUGUUGAGAUAGUCACUAUCCAAACUUCCUGUGUAGCGUUGAUAGCACUGAGCAGCUAAUGAAGCCUCCGUUGUACCAUUUAGCUUUGGACAUUGCCUGUUUGAUUCUGAAUGUGACUUGAAGCCCUUCCAGAAUACCCCGUGCUGUCUUUACUGAACUUGUUGCCAAAGGACAAGGUGACCAUGUGAACUUAGGUUGUUCACCUCGUUGUGUUAGACUGUUCGCAGCAAGUGAUCUACUGUUUCUCUUGGCUUCUUUGUGCUGCCGGUGCCAACUUAGCUGACAGUGCAGACAUUGUCCCUUGUGAGUAGUAACUGGCAUGUUCGUCUAUCCUGUUCUCUGGUACUAGACUUUUUAAAAAAAAUAAACCCUUCCAUAAAGUUUUAUUUGGGGAGUUUGUUCAUAAACUCCUAGGGUUUCUUUUUUCUUGCUUUUUCCGUGCUGCAGAGUGAGGUGAGAAGCAGGUGCUUUUUCCCACCGCUCACUUUCCUGUUUCUCAGGAGAGACUUGAGGGCUCUGACGUCCUGGAGUCCGGCGUACCACUGUGCCCUUU